CUAAAGCUUUGGUCUUUUCUGGGGUUUUACUUCUUUAAUUUAUGGUUUUGAGAACAGAGAGAGAGAGAAUGUUUUUGUUUAGCCGCUUCUGGUAUUGUAAUUCUGUCGGUUUCUCAUUUUUCUGGGUUUGAGGGAAAUGAAACUCACUUGGGUUGACCUUAAUUUCUCCUCGUUUACUUGAAGAAUUUUGGUGUUCUGUGAUGUGGGUUUUGGGUUUCCGGACUUUAUAUCUAAUUGUCACUUGUGCUGCUUGGUUCGACCUGAGGGUUUUCUUUCCCCGCUGAUGUUCCUGGAUCAAGUUGGUUGUAUAUAUCACAAGUCUAGAGCAAAUGCCAUCUUUAAAAAUGAAGACCCAAUCAAGCACGGGCUGUUUAAGAGAAAAAAAUGGUCUUCGUAUAUGUCAAAAGUCGAGUAUAAUUUCCAAAAAAGCAUGCUCGCCUGUCAGAGUUCCUGAAUGUACAGCAGAUCUUGAUGCUUGCUUACAGAAUUGUCAGGAUGUUUAUACAAGUAUUCAAGUUUCUGCUAAGGACAUUGCAUGCCAUGAAGAGGUCGAUUAUUAUCGAGAGUUUCUAGAUGAAGAAAAUUCUCUGUUUCUGAAGCAAUCUUGUGAUUCUACAACUAUGGGAAGAAUGGAGUCUAGCCAUGCUUGCCAAUCAAACUUGGAGACUAUUUUCUCUCCUUCUUUAGAGUCUGUUGAAUUCCAUAGUGAGGCAAAUAUUGGCAAUGAUGCAGUAGGGAGUGAGAAGUAUCCCAGCACAUCUUGGUCAGGAGCCGAUGACAGUGAUGAGAACCGAAGUUCAGACGACUAUCAAAGUUGUGAUGUGUCAGACUUCUACAUUUCUGACAUGAUCGUCACAAGCUUUCCCUUUAAUGGGAAUGCAUUUGAUGAUACUAGUGAAACAAAUUGCUUCUCGAAUUACAAGCAUUCGGAGCCAAAUGUGCUGUUUGAUGUUUCUGAGAAAUACAUGGUACUGCCUUUGUUAGAGGACUCUAUUCGAAGCAGUAACUGCAAUGAUGAAAAAUCAUGUGAACAAGCGAUAGUGGAUCCAAAUAAUUCUGGCUUGUUCCUAGCAAUCGAACAGAUUAGACCUUGCGACCAGGAUACUGCUGUUAACUCUUCUGACUCAGAUCAGGCAGAAUGUUUUGAUCCACAGUUGUUCAUAAGAAAUUUGCCGGAAUUAUCAGAUGUGGUGUCCAAUUUUCAACGGAAUGAAUUGCCUGAAGACAUUCCUAAAAGGAAGCUAAUAACUCUAGUACUUGAUUUGGAUGAAACACUCGUCCAUUCUACAUUGGAUCCUUGUGAUGAUGCGGACUUCACCUUUACUGUUUUUUUCAACAUGAAAGAGCACACUGUCUAUGUAAGAAAGAGGCCUUACCUCAGAACAUUCUUGGAGCGAGUUGCUGAGAUGUUUGAAGUUGUGAUUUUUACUGCCAGCCAAAGCAUAUAUGCGGAGCAGCUUCUUGAUAUUCUGGAUCCAGAUCAAAAGCUUAUAUCUCGGCGAGUUUAUCGUGAGUCAUGCAUCUUCUCAGAUGGCAGUUACACUAAAGAUUUGACAGUUUUAGGUGUUGACCUUGCAAAAGUUGCUAUAAUUGAUAAUUCUCCACAGGUGUUUCGCUUGCAAGUGAAUAAUGGGAUUCCAAUAAAGAGUUGGUUUGAUGAUCCAGCAGACAGGGCACUAAUUGCAUUACUUCCCUUCUUAGAGACUCUUGUAGACGCUGAUGAUGUUCGGCCCAUCAUUGCCAAGAAAUUUGGUAACAAGGAAUAAGAGCCCUUGUCAUUCUUAUUUCAGUCCCUUAUCCCUUGUUGAUUUUUAGCAAAAUUUCGUGUCUAAUCUAUCUCAGAUAUCUUUACUUUCAAGCCUUGAGGUAUUAACUAUAUAGUCAGCAAUUUUUUUUCUUACUUUGAGUUAGGCAUUACUACUUUCCCUUUCUUCCAUCCUCUCAGCUGGUUUCUCUCCGGAAUGCUCUGUCUAAUUGUUUUUCAAAGGUAAUUUUAGGGUAUGUCUUGUUUAUUUCGAUUGUACAGUUUAAGUGGGUGUACAUGAAUUACUGUUAUAUUGUGAAAUGUAAUUCUUGCAGAAUUGCUUUUAACAA